CUCGCGUCUCGCGCGGGUAGCUUUUCAGCGUCGGAACGUUGCCGGCCCUGCCCAGCUGUCGACACAUUCUUUUUCCGGCGAGAUCCUCAGGUGGACGUAUCGUAGUUUUCAUAAUUUUAGCCGUAAAACUAUCUCCAUCUUCCCACAAUGAAAAUCUGGAAGGAUAUCUUCACCGGUGACGAGAUGUUCUCGGACACCUACAAGGUGAAGCUGAUCGACAACGUGAUGUACGAGGUCUACGGAAAGCAUGUAUCUCGUACGCUCGGAGAUGUCCAGCUGGAUGGUGCGAACCCAUCUGCCGAGGAAGCCGAUGAGGGCACCGACGCCGCCACCGAGUCCGGCGUUGACAUCGUGCUGAACCACCGUCUGGUCGAGACUGGAUUCGCUGACAAGAAGCAGUUCACCACCUACCUGAAGGACUACAUGAAGAAGCUGGUCACCCGAUUGGAGGAGAACAACCCCAGCGAGGUCGAAGUGUUCAAGACCAACAUCAACAAGGUGAUGAAGGACCUGCUGGGACGCUUCAAGGAUCUGCAGUUCUUCACCGGCGAGUCGAUGGACUGCGAAGGACUGAUUGCGAUGCUCGAGUACCGCGACAUUGACGGCGAGAGCACGCCAAUCCUGCUCUGCUUCAAGCACGGCCUGGAGGAGGAGAAAUUCUAGAGACCUAAGACGGAAUUGUGUUUGUGUAAUACAAAUUGUAUGUGUAUAGCUAGAUCGCGCUUAACCCUACUAUUGUUUCGAAUUCGAUGUCUGCAUCGGAGGAAUUUUCUCUCACACUCCAUUCAGGACGGGGCUCGGACGGAGAGUCCAAUCUCUUAUCUUCAUUAUUUUAUAAAGCGAAAUUCCUAUUUUUUCAACUGAAAAGUGUUUUAUAUUUAUUUAUUGCACAUCAAAAUUUAAAUUUUUGUAUCAGCUUUUUGAGCGAUUGCGUUGUUUCAAGUAGGACACAAAGAACUUCAUGAAUUUACGUCUAGAAAAACCCGUGGCAAACCAAUUGUAAAUCAAUUCUAGUAGAGCAACAAGACUUUUUAUUAAUUUCCACUUGUAAAUCCUCACACGCCACAUUUGCAGUGCGCUCCUGUUGCAUCUUAGAAAGCCAUGAAUACCUACCUACUUACACACAGUACAUUGAAACGACUCGCAUUUAUCAAAGGAAAUGAAUCAAGUAGUCAGGAAUAUUAUAUCUUAUAGUGCGAAUGCAACUAUUUUCAACCACCACUCAAUACUCGUUGAGAAAGAAACAGCGGCUUAGGAUAAUUUAAAUCUAACAUCAGCAGGAAUACUUACAAUCAUCCAUAUUUUCCCUCUUUUAUUACGUUCACAAUCUGAUGGUGAUCGGUGGACGGACUGAGGUGGUGACAAAUGAGGACGUUUUGUCCCUUUCUCCCUCCGCGAACGAUAAGAAGCGACCAUUGUUUGGUGCAACAGAGAAAAAAAAAAGAAUGUCAAAAUAAAACAGUGCUGAACAAACAACAUCUUCGGUUCAGCAUUGCGAAAACAGGAAACGAA